AUCAAAUUGUGUUGUAAUGUGUUUUGUGUUGUACAUCCUUUUUGCUCUACCUGCAGCACUUAAAUCAAGUCUCCCUAGAAUCGAACAUUCUACUCAAGGAACGAAGCAUUCAGAUAAAGUGAGAUUUCCUUUCAGUGCAGACCCGUGAUGGAUGGCAAACUGAGGCGGUGGUGGAGGAGCAGAGGGAGGAACUCAAGCCACAGGAUUCGGAAAUCGAAAUGUAACUUGUUCGCCAAGGACGCCUGGUGGCUGACAGCCGGCGGCCAUGAGAGAUUCGCUGGGUUGCAGUGACACUCGGAAUAGGCACGUCUUGGGAAAGGGCACAAAUCUUGGGAUGCGCUGCAUCAGUUCUUUAAGCCGCAUCGUGCAGGAUGAAGCUACGCCAGCGCGUUUUAAAUGGGCAGCUGCAGUGGCUUGCUUAAGUUGGGUUCAAUUAUGUGACACGGCGCACACAAAAAGCAGCUAAACACUUUAUUUAUGCACUCCCGCCUGUCGUUUGUCUUGAAAGUUUUCGCAUUAAACGAGCUGAGUUUGCCAAACUGUGUGCAAUGAAAGUGAGUUUCGCUGCCAAAACAGGGAAAAAUCUGGCCAAAAAGCUGGGUCGAACUCGCAACAGUUGGCUACGAGUCCACCGAAACUCAAAGCCGUGAAACUCUUUAAAUGUGGCUCGCAAAUUGCAAACAUUCUUCGGGGAAGAUUUGUAGCUCGCAUUUGGCUUAUCCCGGCGGAGUUGCUCGAGGCGAUUCGGAAUCCGGAACCGCUGUCAUUGCCAUGGAUUUUCUCUCCACUCUCGCAAGGCUUUAAGCGCCUUUAGAGCCAUUAAUGCCGGGCCUUUUGGUAUCUGAGGCAGAAAUAGAUCAAAAGUCAGACCCACACACACUCCGGACCAGAUGAACUGGGCCAGGGGUCAAGGAUUGUGACAAAGGAGAAGAUGGCGAUGGCUUUGGAGAUGGAGAUGGCAGUCCGGCCCGUUGGUGGCACAUUUUUAUUGGUCAUUAGUGCGAGCCUCUAUCGGCAUUCGUAAGCAUUUACACAUCGUUAAACUUUCAUUUCCGGCAAAUUAAGCGCAUUUUAUGUACCUUCUCCGUUCGGUCGCCCUCAGCUGGCCGCCUCCACCUCCUCAUCCACAUCCACAUCCUGCCCUGCUGUUGGGGUCACCCGUUGGUCGGUGUCAGCAGAAUGACCACAACGAGCGGACACUGAGAGAAAAGCUGUGGCCGAGUGAAUGCUCAUAACAUCAAGUAUAUCUACAAGAAUAUUUCAAAUGGCAUAUUGGAAUAUUUCAAAUGGCAGCUUCUGAAUGGCACCUUCCUUUUGCUAGGAAGGGAAGCUUUAAAACUAAUUUGGUAAUGCGAUAAAGAUAUCGCACCACUUUCUCCGACUGCAGGAAAGCUGCCCGACUAGGCUCGUGCUCAUGUCCCGGACUUAAGCAUAUUUAAUGGAGGGCAAGCAAAUGGGCGCCGCCCCGGGCGUGUUCCUUUCAUUGUUUGUCUUUCAAUCGAAAGUCAAUAGCAAGGCUGCGUGGAGGAGUAUAAAAGGUCCGUCAUUGGGCACCCGUACGACUUUCCUUGAUCGCACGAUGUCGUUUUGGGCAGUGAGUCGUGGCCUAACGCCGCCUUCGAAGGUGGUGCCCAUGCUGAAUCCCAACCAGCGCCAGUUUCUGGAGGACGAGGUGCGCUACCGGGAGAAACUGAAGCUGAUGGCUCGUGGUGAUGCCAUGGAGGAGGUGUACGUACGCAAGCCGGAAACUGUGGAUGAUCCCCUGGAACUGGACAAGCACGAUUCCUUCUACCAAACCACCAAGAGCCUCCUGGUGCUGUUCCAAAUAAUGGGCGUGAUGCCCAUUCACCGCAAUCCGCCCGAGAAGAACCUGCCGAGGACGGGCUACUCCUGGGGCUCCAAGCAGGUCAUGUGGGCCAUCUUCAUCUACAGCUGCCAGACGACCAUUGUGGUGCUGGUGCUGCGCGAGCGGGUGAAGAAAUUCGUCACCAGCCCGGACAAGCGCUUCGAUGAGGCCAUCUACAACGUGAUCUUCAUCAGUCUGCUCUUCACCAACUUUCUGCUCCCGGUGGCCAGUUGGCGGCACGGUCCCCAGGUGGCCAUCUUCAAGAACAUGUGGACCAACUACCAGUACAAAUUCUUUAAAACCACCGGCUCGCCGAUCGUAUUUCCCAAUCUCUACCCACUCACCUGGUCGCUGUGCGUCUUCUCCUGGCUCCUGAGCAUCGCCAUCAACCUGUCGCAGUACUUCCUGCAGCCGGACUUCCGGCUGUGGUACACAUUCGCCUACUACCCCAUCAUCGCCAUGCUUAACUGCUUCUGCAGCUUGUGGUACAUAAACUGCAACGCAUUCGGAACUGCAAGUCGCGCUCUCUCCGACGCUCUGCAGACAACCAUCCGGGGCGAGAAGCCCGCCCAGAAACUAACCGAGUACCGCCAUCUGUGGGUGGACCUGAGCCACAUGAUGCAGCAGCUGGGACGAGCGUACUCCAACAUGUACGGCAUGUACUGCCUGGUUAUCUUCUUCACAACGAUCAUCGCCACCUACGGCAGCAUCAGCGAAAUCAUAGACCACGGGGCAACGUACAAGGAGGUGGGUCUGUUCGUCAUCGUGUUCUACUGCAUGGGCCUGCUGUACAUCAUCUGCAACGAGGCGCACUACGCCUCCCGCAAGGUGGGACUGGACUUCCAGACAAAGCUGCUCAAUAUUAACCUGACCGCCGUGGACUCCGCCACCCAGAAGGAAGUGGAGAUGCUGCUCGUGGCCAUCAACAAGAACCCGCCCAUCAUGAACCUGGACGGUUAUGCAAACAUCAACCGCGAGCUGAUCACGACCAACAUCUCCUUCAUGGCAACCUACCUCGUGGUCCUGCUGCAGUUCAAGAUCACGGAGCAGAGGCGCAUUGGUCAGCAGCAGCAGUAGUUCACCAAUCGGUGUUUCCUAUGAAACUAUUCUCGCUAAGCUGGGCCAAAAAAAAAAGCUUUUGAUUUGAAUGUACAUCGAUUUUCCAUAUCAACAACUACAUUGUUCAUUAGGGGUUUUUUCAGGUCUUCGGCCAAAAUAUGGCUUUAAAUUGUCCCACAACCAAAAUUUUUACUGCUUUGAAUAGCUAUUGACCCAAACUAAAAACUCAAAACACUUUUUGAAUGAUAUCAAAAAAAAUUUUUAUUUUCAAAAUUUUGCAUUUUUGGAUCAUCAUUUUUUGCAAAAAUUGACCAAAAAUAAAAAUUUUAAAGUGGAAAUGCAGUUUGAUGCGGAAUUUUAUUACGAGUUCAACGAGACAUAACACUUUAUUCUGAGAUUAUUUGUUGGAAUUUUAUGCAAAAAAAAUUUACUUUUUUAUGAAAAAAACGUGGGAUUGGCUUUAUGCCACUUUUUCUUCGCAGUCUCAAGUCAUAACUCGGCUUAAAAUUGUCCCACAACCAACAUUUUUACUGUUUUGAAUAGCUAUUGACCCAAACUAAAAACUCAAAACACUUUUUGAAUGAUAUCAAAAAAAAUUUUUAUUUUCAAAAUUUUGCAUUUUUGGAUCAUCAUUUUUUGCAAAAAAUGGCCAAAAAUAAAAAUUUUAAAGUGGAAAUGCAGUUUGAUGCGGAAUUUUAUUACGAGUUCAACGAGACAUAACACUUCAUUCUGAGAUUAUUUGUUGGAAUUUUAUGCAAAAAAAAUUACUUUAUUAUGACAAAAACAUGAGAUUGACAUUAAGGUCCACUUUUUCAUUGCAAUCUUAUGUAGAAACAUGUCCCACAUCCAAACUUCUUGCUGAAAUCUCCAAAUACAAUUUAAAAGACUUCAGAUAGUUAUCAAUUUUACCAAAAUAUAUAUUUAAAGUAUUUUGUAUUUUCUAUAUUUUCAAUA